UUUCUUCAUCUAUCUGCCAAACUAUAAGCCGCCUUGCGCUCUCUCCUCUCCUCGGCCCUAUCGCCGCCGUCGAUAGGGUUCCGCUUUCCCUCACUGCUCACUCCCAACCCCUCAGUCUCCUCCCUGCCCCACUGAUUUAGCCUCCUUCUUCAAUUCCCCCUCCCUUCUCCCGAUUUCUCACUGAUUUCGUUCACGAUGUCAUUGUCUACCUGCUAGAGCUCUCUCGCACACCCUUCCUCAUCCCAAAUCCCGAAAUUUUCAUCUUCUUCCUCGUCACUUUCUUACAAUUCGUCACCAUGGCUCUCCGGUUCACCGUGGCCUACUCGGCCACCGUCGCCUCAAACCUCUCCGCCGCCCCCGGGAAAUGCGCCGUCUCCCGAUUCUUCCUCGACUGCGCCACCCGAUCCCGGGUCUUCCAGCACACGCCGUCGCAGAAGCCCAGUUGCAGCUACCCCGACAUCCGCCGGCCCCCUGAUCGCCCCACCCGAACGACGCCGUUUCACUCUAUGCUUGCACAGGAAUUGCUCGGUGAAAGCACCCGGUCUCCUGUGGUUGGUGGUUUGGUGUCUCUGAUGAAGCAAUCGGCUGGGGUUUCUUCUGACGUUGGGGUUUUGGGCGUUUCUAUGCUUAAGACGUCGGCGAUUCUCCCGUUUUUGCCUGGAUCUAAGUGGCUGCCCUGUAACGAGCUCGCUACGUCGGAGGUGGAUAGAGGUGGAACGGCCGUUGCUAGCGGUAAUCGCGCCGUUGUUAGAAAAGGAUCAUCCAAGAGUGGUAGUGUUAGUGUCGUUGAAAGCAAGUGUUCAGAGGCACUGGCUAUGGGGAAGAGCGGUGGUUCAAGCACCGUGAAGGCUAUGCACCAGAGCAGCAAAGGUCGUGAUAGCAACCGUUGGAUUCUGAAAUUGAUGAAUUUUUGCUUCAGCUCCGAGGAUGCUAAGGCGGCUUUCACUGCUGUAAGCGUUAGCAUUCUGUUCAAAUCGACUUUGGCCGAGCCCAGGUCGAUCCCGUCGAUGUCUAUGUACCCGACACUUGAUGUGGGCGACAGGAUUCUAGCUGAGAAGGUUUCUUAUAUUUUCAAGAAGCCAAAUGUCUCAGAAAUUGUGAUUUUUAAGGCUCCAUUUCUUCAGGAAUAUGGUUUCAGUACAUCUGAUGUGUUUAUUAAAAGAAUUGUAGCAAAAGCUGGGGACUGCGUGGAAGUUCGUGAUGGAAAAUUGAUAGUCAACGGUGUAGCCCAGAUUGAGGAUUACAUUUUGGAGCCAAUUGAUUAUGAGUUGGAGCCAGUGUUUGUGCCAGAAGGAUAUGUAUUUGUCUUGGGAGACAACCGUAACAAUAGUUUUGACUCUCACAACUGGGGUCCACUGCCUAUUGAGAACAUUGUCGGUAGAUCAGUCUUCCGAUAUUGGCCUCCUUCAAAAGUGUCGGACACUCUGUAUUCGACAUACCAGCAAAGCACCCUGGCAUUCUCAUGACACUUGACCUCCUGGCUUUUUGGUUAAUAGUUUUGACCUUGAUUCUUUCAUCAAAUCCGAUUCUUCCACUCUGCAGCCCUUCUGGGCUUAUUUGGCCACCAACAGGAAUUCUGAUUUCCUUCAAUAUGUUCGUGUAUUGUCUAUAAGACGGAUAGUGGAAUCCUCUGCCACGCCACCACUGCCUCCAGCAGCCUCAUAUGGCUGGUUUUGGGUUCGUUAUGUAAUUUAUUCAAGUUUCAUGUGGUGAAGAAUUUGAAUCUAAUGGAUCAAACUCUGUAUAUGUUGAGGCACCCCCGUGCUACAAAUGCUGAAAGCACAGCCAUUAAUGAUGGUGCCAGUCGACUCACGAAUGAUGGAUUCUGUGAUGGUGUUGGGUGUUGCAUCUGCGGAUGCAUUCACAGAUAAAGUCAUCAGGUUGACUGGGGCAGCCAGGUAUUUAGAUGGAUGGAGGUGAAUCCCAGAGUUUUUCUGCUAAAACAAGCCUAUACUCGUUAUAAGUUAUUGUUUCGACUGCUGACCUUUCGAGUUACUUUGUAGAAGGUGUACGGCAGUAACCGAUCCAUCUAUCGUGUGCUAUUAUAUGAAAAAGGAAAAAAAAAUCAUAUUUUGAGUUUCCAUUUUAA